CUUGUACCACUAGCAACAGAGGUAGUCCGUAAAAAAAUCUUGUUUGUAGGCAUGUGGUAUACAGGAUUCUAUGAAAGGUAUACAGGACCGACAUUCUAUGAAAGAUAAAAAAAUGGUUUACUAAAUAAAGUUUACACUGGCCGAACAGCUUUUUUUUAUAAAGAAGGCUUAGAAAAUUAUUAAACUGAAAGAUUUGUUGAAAAAAUAUUACUCUGCGUGUGUUAAGGAAUGUAAAAAUAUACAUUAAUAGAAAUAUAUUUACGUAAAUAUGUAUAAUGACUAUAGACAUUAAAAGUAUUUUUGUAAUGAAAAUUGUCGUAGGGGAAAACUGUAGCGCCACGACAUACUGCCCAGACGGUUACCAUUGCUGUACAGCUACAACUUGCUGCUUAUAUGGAUACUAUUGCUGCGGUGGAGGAUAUUAUUGCUGCCUUACUAACGACGGAUUGACAAAACUACCAGCUUCUUCACCAAAUGAAAUUAAAAUUUAAAUGUAUAAUAUAUGGUUGCUAUUGAACAUUCAGACUGCAGCUUCAAAAAAAGACACCAUAUUCUGGCCAUAUCUGUCGUAAAGAUCUGAAAAAUACUUAAACAUGUAAUGAUUGUUUAAUAUCACAUUAAAUGAUAAAUAUGUU